AUGGAUGUCAAAAGCAGAAAUUAUUUACUUAUGAAUCGCCAAGCUUUGCAAAGAGACAUCAAGACUGCUUACAUUAUGGAUCGGAUGAUUUCUGACGAAGUGCUAACACUGCAGGAGGAGGAGAGAGUGAAACAACAGAGUACACAGGAGGAGCGAGCAGCUAUGCUAAUAAACAUUAUUCUUACAAAAGAUAAUAACUCCUAUAGAUCCUUUUAUAAUGCACUGCUUCAUGAAGGCUACAGGGAUCUUGCUGCUCUUCUUCAGGAUGGCAUCCCUGCAGUCUCCUCUGGUAACAGAAAGAGUUCAAUGGAUGGAAUGACUUCACAUGUGAAGACAGUUCUCUGCGAAGGAGGUGUGCCCCAGAGACCAGUUGUGUUCGUCACUCGGCCAAAGCUGGUAGAGGCUAUUAAAAAGAAGCUCUACUGCUUGGGAAGUGAUCCAGGCUGGGUCACAGUUUAUGGAAUGGCAGGCUGUGGGAAGACUGUUUUAACAGCAGAAGCUUUAAGGGAUCAUCAGCUUUUGGAAGAUUGCUUUCCAGGAGGAGUUCACUGGAUCUCUGUUGGAAAGCAGGACAAAGCAGGGCUCCUAAUAAAACUUCAGAAUCUCUGCAGUAGAUUAGAACAUGACUCUACUCUUUCACAAAGGCCACCACUUAACAUUGAGGAGGCUAAAGAUCGUCUGCGUCUGCUGAUGCUACGGAAGUAUCCCAGGUCUCUUUUGAUCCUGGAUGACAUUUGGGAUUCCUGGGUAUUAAAAGCAUUUGAUAAUCAAUGUCAGGUUCUUAUUACCAGCAGGGAUAGGAGUGUAACAGAUGCUGUGGCUGGCAAUAAAUAUGAGGUUCAUGUGGAAAGUGGACUAGCACAUGAGAAAGGACUGGAGAUCUUAUCCCUGUUUGUGAAUAUGAAAAUAUCAGAACUGCCAGAACAAGCUAACCUCCUUGUAAGGGAAUGUAAAGGUUCUCCUCUUGUGAUAUCCUUGAUAGGUGCAUUACUACGAGACUUCCCUAGUCGCUGGGAAUACUAUCUCAGACAGCUGCAGAAUAAGCAGUUUAAAAGAAUAAGGAAAUCAUCUUCUUAUGAUUAUGAAGCCCUUGAUGAGGCAAUGUCCAUAAGUGUUGAGCAACUGAAUGACAAUUACAAAGACUACUAUAAAGACCUCUCUGUCCUCCCAAAAGAUGUUAAAGUACCUACUAAGGUUCUCUGUAUUCUUUGGGAUAUGGAAACUGAAGAAGUUGAAGAUAUCCUGCAGGAAUUUGUUAACAAGUCACUGUUGUUCUGUGAUCGUAAUGGGAAGUCAUUCCAUUAUUAUUUACAUGAUCUUCAGCUUGACUUCCUUACCGAGAAGAAUUGCAACCAGCUUCAGGAGCUACAUAAAAACAUAGUAAAUCAGUACAAGAAAUACUACAAACUUAAUACACCUGUUCCAUCUCAAGAGGAUUGCAUGUACUGGUACAACUUUCUAGCCUAUCACAUGGCUGGUGCCAAUAUGCAGAAGGAACUCCGUGAUCUUAUGUUUUCUUUAGACUGGAUUAAAGCUAAAACAGAACUGGUAGGGCCUGCUCAUCUGAUUCAUGAAUAUGUAGAAUAUAGUUCAAUCCUGGAUCAAAAGGAUAGCACAGUACGUGAGAACUUCCAGGAGUUCCUGUCUUUAAAUGGGCACCUGCUUGGACGGGAGCCAUUUCCUGACAUUAUACAGCUGGGUCUUUGCCAACCAGAGACAUCAGAGGUGUAUCAACAAGCCAAGCUCCAUGCUCAAAGAGAAACAGGAACGUUUUAUUUGGAGUGGAUAAAUAAAAAGUCCUUGAAGAACCUCUACCGGCUGGUUGUUCGUCCACACAGAGACGCAGUUUACCAUGCCUGCUUUUCUAAAGACAGACAAAGAAUAGCAUCCUGUGGAGCUGACAAAACACUUCAGGUGUUUAAAGCAGAAAGUGGAGAGAGACUGCUGGAGAUAAGUGCCCAUGAUGAUGAAAUACUUUGUUGCUCUUUCUCUGCAGAUGGUGAGCUUGUAGCAACUUGUUCAGCUGAUAAAAAAGUGAAGAUCUGGAAUUCAAGAACAGGCCAGUGCAGAAGUGUGUAUGAACAUGUGGAGCAGGUGAAUUGCUGCCAGUUCAAUAACAGAAGUGGUCAGUAUCUUUUAGCCACCUGCUCAAAUGACACUUUCAUCAAACUUUGGGUUUUGAACGAAAACCGUUGCAGAAACACAAUGAUAGGGCAUCAAAAUUCUGUCAAUCACUGCAGAUUUUCACCAAAUGAUGAAUAUGUUGCUAGCUGCUCGACAGAUGGAACAGUGAAGGUCUGGGACACUCGCUCGGGAAACGAACAGAAGAGUAUUGAGGUAAAAGAUUUCUUCAAAAAUGCAGAUGAGCAACCAGAUGAUGUGGAGGUUUUAGUAAAAUGUUGCUCUUGGUCAAGAAAUGGUGAUGUGAUUUUGGUGGCAGCCAAAAAUAAGCUUUUGCUUUUUGAUGUUAAAACAUGUGAUUUGUUGUCACAAGUCAUUGCAAACCACCACAGCACAAUCCAAUACUGUGACUUCUGUCCUGGUGAUGAGUUAGUAGCAGUUGCUUUGUCUCACUGUUCUGUUGAGCUAUGGAAUAUUAAAUCUCUAUCAAAAGUGGCAUACUGCAGAGGACACAUGAGCUGGGUUCAUUGUGUAACAUUUUCCCUGGAUGGAUCUUUAUUUCUGACAUCUUCUGAUGAUCAGACAAUACGUAUUUGGGAAACAAAGAAGGUGUGCAAGUCUUCUGAUGCUGUGCUAAAAAGUGAACUGGAUGUUGUGUUUCACAAUGAUGAAGUGAUGAUUUUAGCAAUUUACAACCAGAAGCAUUUACAACUUAUCAAUGGAAAUACAGACAGUGUAAUCAUGCAGACAUCAGCUCAAGAAUCCCCCAUUUCCUGCUGUUGCUUAAGUGAGGAUCUUAAAUUUGCAGCUUUUGGACAAGAAAAUGGAACAAUAAAGGUAUUACAGUUGGUGGAUGGGAGAGUUCUGAAGUCCCAGGAGGCCUACAGGAUAUCUGUGCAGCAUUGUCAAUUUACACCUGAUUGCCAGACUCUCAUUUCAAGUGCCCAUGACUCAGUUAUGCAGGUAUGGAAUUGGCAGUCUAAUGAAUGUGUGUUUCUAAGAGGACACAAAGAAGCAAUCAAGGAUUUUAGACUUCUGGAAAAUUCAAAACUUCUUUCCUGGUCAUUUGAUGGAACUGUUAAGGUUUGGAAUAUCACUACUGGAAACACAGAAAAAGAUUUUGCUUGCCAUGGAGGUGCUGUUCUUUCCUGUGCUGUUUCACCUGAUGGUAGUAAAUUUUCAUCUACUUCUGCUGACAAAACUGCAAAGAUCUGGAGCUUUGAAAGCUCUUCUGUUCUUCAUGAGCUGAAAGGACAUGAAGCCUGUGUGCGGUGCUGUGCUUUCUCUCCUAAUAACAAAUUAAUGGCCACUGGAGAUGACAAAGGAGAAAUAAGGAUUUGGGACAUUCAAACAGGUGCACUACUUCACUUCUGCUCUCCAGUUACUGGCGAUGAAGGAGAACCAACACAUGGUGGUUGGGUAACAGACCUCUCAUUUUCUCCUGACAGUAACAUGCUUGUGUCAGCUGGAGGCUAUCUUAAGUGGUGGAAUGUAACUACUGGAGAAUCCUUACAAACCUUCUACACCAAUGGCACAAACCUCAAGUCAAUCCAUGUGUCGCCUGAUUUUGAAGUGUAUGUGACUGUUGAUAAUCUUGGUAUUCUUUAUGUGUUGCAGCACUUGUGAUUAAGGUGCUGAACGCUGCAAAGAGAAUUCAUUCUGUUUUUAAGCUGGAAACAAAAUUCUGCUCAACCUUUGUCUGACACUCACGAAGCUGUGAAUUUUAUUUCAUUGUUUUAUUCAUGAUGGUUUUUUGUAUGUUUGUGUACA